CAGAGUCUUCAGGAUGGUUUAUGCUGCAGGACUUCAGACUGAAAUCAUUAACAAGUAGAUGGUUGUCUGAGACUUGAGUAAUGGUCUUCAGCACCGAGAUAGAGAAAGUAAUUGAAUUAAAACAUCGCCGAUGUUGAUGACAAGCCCCAGGAUGACAACAGCACAAGAGAAGCAGUUACCUCCCUCACUGUUGAGCUUUUUCAUUUACAAUCCAAAGCUUGGACCAAAGGAAGGUGAGGAGGAGAAAAAGAUCCUGUUUUAUCAUCCCAGCGAGGUUGAUAAAAAUGAAAAGAUUAGGAAUGUUGGAUUGUGUGAAGCAAUAGUGCAGUUUACAAGGACCUUUUGUCCCAGCAAGCCUGCAAAGUCCUUGCACACGCAGAAAAACAGACAGUUCUUUUAUGAAGCGGAGGAGAAUUUCUGGAUGGUUAUGGUGGUGUCGAAUCCCAUGAUCGAAAAGGUGAACAAGGACGGCACUCGUGUACCAGAGUACCAGGAGGAUGAAUUACUGGACACAGUGUAUGGGGCCGUAAUCCAGCAGUGCUACUCCAUGUAUAAGCUCUUCAAUGGCACCUUUGCAAAAUCCAUGGAGGCUGGAGGCAUUGACCAUCUGCAACAGAGGAUCCAGAAGUUUUUCUACAGGUACUUGCAAACGUUGCACCUACAGUCUUGUGACCUGCUGGACGUGUUUGGGGGAAUCAGUUUCUUCCCCUUGGAUAAGAUGACCUACCUGAAAAUCCAAUCGUUUGUCAACAGGAUGGAAGAAAGCCUGGAUCUGGUCAAGUAUACUGCCUUCCUGUACAAUGAUCAGCUCAUCUGGAGUGGACUGGAGCAAGAUGAUAUGCGGAUCUUGUACAAGUAUCUCACAACGUCGCUCUUCCCAAGGCAUCUGGAGCCUGAGCUAAUUGGCCGUGAUUCCCCGGGAAGAGGAGGAAUAACUGGAAGCCUUCACCACUAUGGCAGGUUUCUCACUGGCCCAUACAAUAUCAACGAUCCAGAACUUGUGGUGCGGUUUCCCAGGAUCUUUGUGAAUACAGAGAGCACCUAUGAAGAAUUGCACUUAAUUGUCUACAAGGCUAUGAGCGCAGUGGUGUGUUUCCUGAUUGAUGCCUCAGUGGAUCUGACCAGAGAGUUCUGCCAGAGACUGGACAAUCUCGUGGGGCCUCAGCUCACACUCCUGGCAUCAGACAUCUGUGAACAGUUCAAUGCCAACAAGCGGCUCUCCGCGCCUGAAAAAGAACCUCACUUUAAAUAUAUUUACUUCAACCACAUGAACCUGGCCGAGAAGACAACCAUCCACAUGCGUAAAACAGCCAGCCUGUCCCUGACCUCAGUCCACCCCGAUCUCAUGAAGAUCCUGGGGGACAUUAACAGCGAUUUCUCAAGAGCUGACGAGGACGAAGAGGUCAUUGCCAAGGCGAUGACGGAUUAUUGGGUCGUUGGCAAAAAAUCCGAUCAACGCGAGCUUUACGUCAUUUUGAGUCAAAAGAACGCAAAUCUAAUUGAAGUUAACGAGGAAGUCAAGAAACUCUGCGCGACUCAGUUUAACAACAUUUUCUUCUUGGAUUAACCACUGCUGAAUUCACCGCCCAUUGUGGCUUCGGUAACGGGGCGGGCUUGUGGGAAGACAUCACGGGCACAGGAAAGAACCACAUGAUGCCACUGUGGCAAACAAAACCUCAUCCCAUAAGGUUGACAGUGACGACUACGGCAUCCUCGUUAACUACGCUUGUUCUUGGAAGGGAAAGGGCCUGCCUUUCACCUUGCACACAGCAGUAGCUGUUAUAGGAAAUUUCCAUGAAAUGUAAGAUAAUUAGAUUUUAAAUAUUUAUGGUAAUUGAGUUAAAAGAAUGACAACUUUAUCAUUCCAUUCUGUAAUAUAUGGCAAGCUUGUAUUGUAAAAAAAAUAAAUUAACAAUAACAUUUGAGUGAGAUUUUAACUUUCCCAUUGUGUCUGUGUAUUUUUGCUUUAUUUAUGUUGACCCUUGUUUAGGAGGGUCGAUUAUUGGGUAUUUUAUAAAAAAAAAAGAAAUAAUGUAUUCUCUAAUGAAAGCUGCGUGAUCUUCCUAUGUAAUGUGGGCCCCUUUUUAUACUUAAAAGUGAUGGGUUUAUGCUUGAAGUGACCUGUAUUUAUGAGGAAGUAUUCUCACUCAGUACUGUGCAGGUUAUUGUGGUAAAGGUUGCACUGCAGAAGAUCCUUAUGUACUGUGUAGUUUUGACUUUGAACAAGACUACUGCACAUUCUGUAAUAUUUCCAAACAUGGAGAUGCAGAGUAAAUUGUAAUUUGAAAAUCUGUUUCUUAUUUUUAAGAUAUUUUGGUUUAGUGCUGGUGUAAUGAAACUGAAUGUCACUUAGACCCUAUAUUUGUAUGUUUAAUUUAAAAAAUUGUUUUCGGAACAAGGCCCAGGAAGUGUCUGCUUCGUGUAAACAUUUGUACAUGAAACACAGCUUAGCUAGUACAAGGGGUUUUCUUUUCAUACUGUAGGUGUUUCUGUUGCCCAACAGUUCCCUGGUGUUGCCUGGUUUUCAAGGUAUCCAGCAAUAUAACGACAGCUGGUUUUGUUUUGUACCAUCCACCCAGACCACCACAUCUUUCUCCCCCACCCUGCCUCUGCCUCUCCCAGCCAAGAACUAGUCACAGAUAGACAUAACUUCCCAGUCUUAAUGGCAUUGCAGAUUUUUCAAAGCACUCAAAUGUCAUGUCUUUAGAUGUGUGAUCUUGUAUGUUGCAUGCUUUAAGUUCUCAACUUAAAAAUUAGCAAAACUUUUGUACCUCAAACUUAGUUUUCAUAUCAGACAACUGCAGGUAUGUACCCCUGGCAGGUUAUGUUUAGCAUUUAAGAAUUCUGCCUCCUUAUUUUCUUCACUUCCUCAAAGUGAAACGGGUUUGUCUGAGAGACAUGGUGCUGAUUUAUCCAUGUAAUGAUGCAUUUUUUAAAAAAAAUAAAAAUCUAU